CAUGUAUGUGUUUUUCUUUCAAAAUGUAUGAACCAUGUUCGAGGUUAAUCUAUGCGAAAAACACUUUAAAACCGUCAGAUGAUGAUAAUUUUUGAGAUAAGGGCAGAUAAGAAAAUAAUCAUAAAAUGGACAAUAAACCGUCAUUAAGCCAGUAUUUUGGCGAGACGGAAGUGCCGCCCGCCUCCCAGUUCUUCGACGAAAUCGGGACAUCGCCCUCUGAUAUGAUACAGAGCGUUUACCUGGGCGAAAGUGAAGUGAGUCAACCGGCAGCAUCUAAUCUGUUUCCCACAAAUAUGACCGCGUCUUUCUCUCAGUUGAAAGUGAGCGAUGAAAUGAAGUUCGGAAGCGUAGUGCCGACUGUGAGCGGUACUACAGCCCUGCCCGCGACUAGUCUGCCGGACCCUUCGACGUUCUUCGACACGAUUGGUCCGGAGCCGCAAAUGGCGAUGAGUGGGAUUGCUACUCCCAAUAUAUUGAGUGAGGCUAUGGACGGUCUUGCUGUCAAGGACCAACCUGUGGACAAGGAGGCUGACAGGCGCCGAGAUGCCUGGAUACCUAACGAGGAAACUAAAAAAGUCUUACUUAAGGCUCAGUCGGUGCCGAAAGGAGCCUUCUUCCCAGAGAGGGAAGCCCUCACGCUGCCCGGAGUCAUAUUUGAGGAAGAAUUGCCUGAUUCCCUCCACGCAGUAGCGGUGAAGUAUCUCGGCGUGAGCGCGGCGGGGCGCGGCGGCAUGACCCGCGCCGACUCCUGCCGCGGCGCGGGCGAGGCGGGGCUCCGCGAGCUGCUGCGGACCGGCUGUCUCCGGGCAGCCAUCAACCUGUCCGCUACCUUACUGGCGCAGCAUAAACAAGGCGCGGGUCGCUGUGGCCGCCUCCCCGGCGCGCGGCACUCGGCGCGGGCGCUGCAGCUGUGGCUGGCGCGCUUCUGCGCCAUGCUGCGCGUGCGCCUCGCCGCGCAGGCCGCGCAGGAGGCCGAGGCCUUCGGGGACUGCGGCCAACCUGACAUGUAUUACGAAUUCUACCCGGACCAGUACGAGAACCGCACGGGCUCGUUGGUGCCGUUCGCUCUGCGACUGCUCAUCGCGGAGAUGCCGGCGCACGCGGGACAACCGGAGAAAGCUCUACCGAGCCUUUAUGCCGUCUUGGCUGUAGUACAACAGAUGUUGGUGAACCUGAACGCCGGUAAAACGGAGGACGGCACGGCCACCCUGCCGUCGGAGCAGGACCGCGCCGAGUCCAUCCGGUUGUGGAGCGGCCGCGAAACGCGAGUGCAGCACUCUAUAGUCAACUGCGCUAUCGCUUUGAAGGACUACCGUCUCGCCAGUAAGAUAAUCUCCGGUCUCCAAGAACGAGCGUCGAGCCCGGCGCAGCGGCGAGCGCUGGCGAGUGCGUUAUGUCGGCUGUGGCUACUCGGCGGACACUGUCGGGCCGCCGCCAAGCACUUACAAGAGGCUAGAGACCUGAGGCAGCAUCUAUGUCCAACCCCCGACGUGCGAGAGUACGUGGACUUAGGCCUCCUGGAGGUCGCCCAGGGACGGUACAAGGAGGCCUACGAAAACUUCAUCAAGGCCAACGACCAGGAACCCACUAAUAUCAUGGUGGCGAACAACCUCUCGGUGUGUCUCCUCUACAUGGGUCGCCUCAAGGAAGCGAUCUCCGUGCUCCAGAGCGCGAUCAACUCCGCCCCGGAGCGCGGCCUCAGCGAACACCUGCUCCUCAACCUGUGCACCCUGUAUGAGCUGGAAUCUUCCAAAAAUAUGGACAAAAAACUCAAUCUACUCAGAAUGCUAUGUAAAUAUAAGAGCGAUACUAUUCCCAAUGUUAUGGAGUGCUUGAAACUUAGUUAAGACAUACAUAUACGUCGUGGUAAAAAACGUCAUUAUUAUCAUUAUGAAUAUGCCUUUUGAAUCCCAAGCUAGCAGAGUAGGUAUACAGUGUGGAAAGAUAAGUCGGGCCCUGGAGGGAAACUACCUUAAAUCCUUAAGCUGGCUCAUUUUACUUAAACGAGACAUUCCUUCAUUUUUAAAAAGGAACAAAACUGCAUUCAAAAUUUUUUCUUGUGUUUCUUCCAUUUGGCUUGUCUAAAAAAAUCUUGAGUACUAAAUAUUCGAUUUUAUGGAUAUUUUGUAUGACAGACGAGUGUAAGACCUAAUGUUUCUUGGAGAAACGUUAUCAUUAACAUUAACGGUAUCGACUAGUAGAAUAAAAUUGCGAGUGUUUAGUCGAAUUUUUAGUCGGUUCGAGUCCCGGGCGAGGCAAGCAAGUUUUAGAAAAUCUUUGAAUGCAGUUUUGUUUCUUUUUAAAAAUAAAGGAAUGCUAUUGUAUAAGCUAGCAAUAUCUGUUGUUUGGCCGAUUUUAGAAUUGAUCAUGAAAAAGUCAAACCUAACCAUAUAAUCUGGCCACCAUAUAAGAUAUGCGAGAUUAUACUGCAAAACGCAAUUCAAGACCAAAAAAAGUAAGACAAUGUUGCCACUUUUUACUAGCGCGUCUUGUAUUUAUGUAAAAAUAAGUAAAUUAAAGUACUUUUUUAAAUCGUAGGAGUAAAAUUACUAAUAAAUAAAUUAUCUUAGCGUGAUUAUUUAUCAAAAGGAAUUUACUAUUUUACAAACAAAUUAAUGCAGUGGCAACAUUGUAUUACUUUUUUGGUCUUGAAUUACGUUUUGCAGUUUAGGCUGAAAUACAUUUGAUAAAAUGUAGUCAGUUUUUAAUAUUGUGCUAACUCAUAUGUUAUUUUACGUAGGUAGUUAUAAUUGUUAGAUAAUUAUUUACACUGUAUUACUGUGUAAAUAGCUUAACUUAUGUAAUUCAAGUUAUAUUCCAAAAUAUUCUGUAAAUAUAUCAAAUAUUUCAAAUUUUUUUUUAUUGUUUAACAGUAGGUACAAUUUUUACAUAAAAAAAAUGUCUGGCGGAACCCAAACUAGGCUGAGCCUUUAUCAUGGGGCCCUGGAAAGUAAAAUAUAAAACGAUGUAUCCAAACUCCAGUUUUAUUUAAAUAGAUACCCUAUCCAUAGAGUAAAUAUUAUAUAGGAGCUCUAAAAUGAAACUAUUUAGGUCAAUAAAGGA